CAGCCGGUGCUUGACGAGCGCCUUAAUUUAUGGCGGGUGUCUGGUAAAUGAUGGCUCCCUUCCACCCUACUCAACAUCCAGACGGCAGGCGAGAACAUUCCGGGAGAUGGCCUGCCUUCCACAGUUUUCUAGGACUUAGUGCUGAAACCAGGGAAGUGUGCGUGAGUCUGUAUGUGCAGGAAUCUAAUGUGGGUGGUAUGUGUCUGUCUCUGGUGGGUGGGUCCGAUGUGUCUAUGCAGUGUCUGUAGGGGGUGGAGAUUUGUAUGACUCGUCAUGUGGUGUCAGAACAUAGAUACAUGUGCCCUGGGUGGCAUGUUUGUGUUUGUGUGUACGCGUCUACUGUGUGCGUAGGUCCCAUCUGCACGCAUCAUUGUGUAUCUGUAUGUGCAAGUGCUCCUGUGUUUGUGUGUAGUUGUAUGCAUUCAGGGUAGGUUGUAUACACAGAUCUUAGUGUGUGUGUACCUGCUAGUAUGUUGGUACCAUUUGGGUUAGGGUGGCCCAUGGCUUGUGUGAAUGGUAUAUAGCUGUGUGCCUUGACAGAGCAGAGCAGGGUAAGGGAAAGAUGGGAAGAAUACCGAGAAGGGACAGCGGUGCUGGGGGCCUGACUGGGCCCAGAUGGCCAUGGGGCUCCUUUCUAGUUGACCUUUCCCAGGCCCCUUGGGUGCCUGGCUCUGCUGCCCUCCCCCUCCCCGUGUAGGCUCUGAGGAGGCGUCCUCUAUGGAAUGUGUUUGGUGGCUGAGGGCCAAGCUGGGCUGGGCUCCACAGGCAGACUGGGUAGUGGGGAGGGGAGUCCAGGGCUCCCACAUGCCUGCAGCCCAGCCCCCAGUUUCAUACUCUGCUUUCCCCCCACUGGCUAGGUGACUCCUGCUCAGGUCAUGCCGUUAUCUGCUGAUCCAGCCGGCCCUGCCAGGUGACCAUGUCUGUCCUCGGCCCAGUUCUUCUCCAGGUGUUCUGGGCCGGGUGUGUCGUCACCCUGCGGUCCCCUCUGCCAGCUGCUUUCACUGCCAAUGGCACACAUCUACAACACUUGGCAAGGGACCCCACCACAGGUACCCUCUAUGUAGGGGCCACCAACUUCCUGUUCCAGUUGAGCCCUGGGCUGCAGCUGGAAGCCGUGGUGUCCACGGGCCCUGUGAAUGACAGCCGGGAUUGCCUGCCACCUGUGAUACCUGAUGAAUGUCCCCAAGCCCAGCCUACUAACAACCCUAACCAGCUGCUCCUGGUGAGCCCAGAGGCUCUGGUGGUGUGUGGGAGCGUACACCAGGGCAUCUGUGAGCUACGGAGCCUGGGACAGAUCAGGCAGCUGCUGCUACGGCCAGAGCGACCUGGGGACACCCAGUAUGUGGCUGCAAAUGACCCUGCAGUCAGUACAGUGGGGCUGGUGGCCCAGGGAUUGGUAGGGGAGCCCCUCCUGUUUGUGGGGCGGGGGUACACCAGCAGGGGUGUAGGUGGUGGGAUUCCUCCCAUUACAACCCGAGCCCUGCGACCACCGGACCCCCAAGCUGCCUUCUCUUAUGAAGAAACAGCCAAGUUAGCAGUGGGCCGCCUGUCCGAGUACAGCCACCACUUCGUGAGUGCCUUUGUACGCGGGGCCAGUGCAUACUUCCUGUUCUUGCGGCGAGACCUGAAGGCCCCUUCUAGAGCUUUCCGUGCCUAUGUGUCUCGAGUGUGCCUUCAGGACCAGCACUACUACUCUUAUGUGGAAUUGCCCCUGGCCUGCCAGGGUGGUCGUUACGGUCUUAUCCAGGCUGCAGCUGUAGCCACGUCCAAGGAGGUGGCCCGUGGGGACGUACUCUUUGCAGCUUUCUCCUCAGUGGCUCCUCCCACUGUGGAUUGGCCCCUGUCAGCAUCUACUGGGGCAUCUGGAACCUCUGUGCUCUGUGCCUUCCCCCUGGAUGAGGUAGACCAGCUUGCUAAUUACACUCGAGAUGCCUGUUAUACUCGGGAAGGCCGUGCUGAGAACGGGACCAAGGUUGCUGACAUUGCAUACGAUGUCCUUUCCGACUGUGCGCAGCUACCAGUGGACACCCCGGAUGCUUUUCCAUGUGGCUCUGACCACACACCCAGUCCCAUGGUCAGCUGUGUCCCUUUGGAAGCCACGCCAAUUCUGGAGCUACCAGGGGUUCAGCUAACAGCUGUGGCUGUCACCAUGGAGGAUGGACACACUAUUGCUUUCCUGGGUGACAGUCAAGGACAGUUGCAUAGGGUCUACUUAGGCCCUGGAAGAAGUGCUGCCCCAUAUUCUAAACAGAGCAUCCAGCCGGGGUCUCCUGUGAACAGAGAUCUUACCUUUGAUGGUACCUUUGAGCAUCUCUAUGUAGCAACUCAGACUACUCUUGUGAAGGUUCCUGUGGCUCCUUGUGCUCAGCAUCUGGACUGUGACUCUUGCCUUGCUCACAGGGACCCUUAUUGCGGAUGGUGUGUGCUCCUGGGCAGGUGUAGUCGCCGGUCGGAGUGCUCAAGGGACCAGGGCCCAGAGCAGUGGCUGUGGAGCUUCCAGCCGGAACUGGGCUGUCUUCGAGUGGUGGCCGUGAGCCCUGCCAAUAUCAGUCGGGAAGAGAGGAGGGAGGUUUUCUUGUCAGUGCCAGGCCUGCCAUCUCUCUGGCCAGGGGAGUCAUAUUUCUGCUACUUUGGAGACCAACAGAGUCCUGCUCUACUGACCAGUUCUGGUGUGAUGUGUCCCUCCCCAGACCCCAGUGAGGCUCCAGUGCUGCAGAGAGGAGCCGACCAUAUCUCUGUGAACGUGGAGCUCAGGUUUGGUGCCGUGGUGAUCGCCAGCACCUCCCUCUCCUUCUAUGACUGCGUGGCAGUUACUGCGUCUUCCCCAUCUGCACCGUGCCGGGCCUGUGUGAGCAGCCGCUGGGGCUGUAACUGGUGUGUGUGGCAGCAGCUGUGCACACACAAGGCCUCGUGUGACGCUGGGCCUAUGGUGGCAAGCCAACAGAGCCCACUCCUUCCCCUAAUCCCUCCUGCAAGGGAUGAACUCACCCCUUUCCCACCCACAGUCCCCCAAACCACGGUCACUCCUACCCCCAACAGCUUCCCAAUAGAGCCUAGGGCUCCCUCCACAGCCUCAGAUGUCCUACCUGGGGCCAAGCCUUCCCGGCUCAGCCUCUGGGGCCCAUGGGCAGGUCCUGGCCCCAUACUUUCCCCUACUUCCACAGAGUCACCUCUUCAUGAGAAGCCCCUUCCUCCUGACCCCCCUACCAUACCUGGAACCACUGUCCCUGCCCCCACUGGCUUGGGACCAUCGACCACACCUGAGGACCUCUUGGCCUCCUACCCAUUCCCCUCAGAUGCAGCUGCAGUGUCCCCUGCAGAGCCUGGCCCUGAGGCUCUGCCUUCCAUGGUGGCUCUGGACCAGCCCCCUGGCACUGUUCCAGACACUACUUUCCCAGGGGCCCCUGGCUCCAUGAAGCCCGUUCUGGAUUGGCUCACCAAAGGAGGCGGCGAGCUGCCCGAGGCGGAUGAGUGGAUGGGGGGUGACACGCCCGCCUUCUCCACUUCCACACUCCUCUCAGGUGAUGGAGACUCAGCAGAGCACGAGGGCCCUCCUGCCCCCCUCAUCCUCCUGUCCAGCCUCGACUACCAGUACGACACCCCCGGGCUCUGGGAGCUGGGAGAGGUGAAUCAGAGGGUGAGCUCCUGCCCCUGUGUGGAGACCGUCCAGGGCUCCUUGCUGAUACCGGUCCAUGUGGAACGCGAAGUCCAGCUUCGAGGCAGGAACCUGUGGCUUUUCCAGGAUGGCCCGAGGAGCAGCGAGUGUGUGCUGGAGCUAGGGAGUCGGGAGGUGGCUGUGGAGGCUCAGGUGGAGUGUGCGCCGCCUCCAGAUGUCUGGUGCCACAUCAAGUGCCAGCAGCAUCAGUUCAGCUAUGAAGCUUUGAAGCCAGAACUGCAGGUGGGGCUGUUCCUGCGUUGGGCAGGCGGUCUGCGCGUGGACAGUGCCGAUGGGCUGCAUGUGGUGUUGUAUGACUGCUCUGUGGGACAUGGGGACUGCAGCCGCUGCCAAACUGCCAUGCCUCAGUACGACUGUGUGUGGUGUGAGGGGGAGCGUCCGCGUUGUGUGGCCCGGGAAGCCUGUAAUGAAGCCGAGACUGUGGCCACUCAGUGCCCCGCACCUCUCAUUCACUCGGUGGAUCCACUGACUGGACCUAUAGAUGGAGGCACCCGUGUCACUAUCAGGGGCUCCAACCUGGGCCAACAUGUGCAGGAUGUCCUGGACAUGGUCAGAGUGGCCGGAGUUCCCUGCGCUGUGGAUGCUGGGGAGUAUGAUGUCUCUAGUAGUCUUGUGUGCAUCACUGGAGCCAGCGGGGAGGAGGUGACUGGCACUGUGGCAGUGGAGGUGCCUGGAAGAGGACACGGUGUCUCAGAGUUCAGCUUUGCCUAUCAGGAUCCAAAAGUACACUCCAUCUUCCCAGCCCGUGGCCCUAGAGCUGGAGGUACCCGCCUUACCCUGCAUGGUUCUAAGCUCCUGACUGGACGGCUAGAGGACAUCCGUGUGGUGGUUGGAGACCAGCCUUGCCACCUGCUCCUGGAGCAGCAGUCUGAGCAGCUACACUGUGAGACCGGCCCAUACCCUGUGCCUGCUGAACUUCCAGUGACUGUCUUGUUUGGGGCCACUGAGCGGAGGCUUCAGCACGGCCAAUUCAAGUAUACAUCAGACCCCAAUGUCACCUCAGUGGGCCCCUCCAAGAGCUUCUUCAGCGGAGGACGUGAGAUAUGGGUCCGCGGCCAGGAUCUUGAUGUGGUACAGAGGCCAAGAAUCCGAGUGACCGUGGUCCCAAGACAGCAUGGCCAGGGGCUUGCACAGAAGCAACACGUGGUCCCUGAGAAAUUUGAGGAGCCGUGUCUCGUGAACUCCUCCCACCUCCUCAUGUGCCGCACUCCCGCUCUCCCUGGCCCACCCUGGGACUCUGGGGUCCAGGUGGAGUUUAUCCUCGACAACAUGGUCUUUGACUUUGCUGCACUGAGCCCCACACCCUUCUCCUAUGAGGCUGAUCCCACCCUGCGUUCCCUGAACCCCGAGGAUCCCAGCACGCCGUUCCGGCACAAGCCAGGGAGUGUGUUCUCUGUGGAGGGGGAGAAUCUGGACCUCGCCAUGUCUAAAGAAGAGGUGGUGGCCAUGAUAGGGGACGGGCCCUGCGUGGUAAAGACACUGACCCGGAACCACCUGUACUGUGAGCCCCCUGUGGAGCAGCCCCUGCCACAUCCCCAUGCCCUCCGAGAGGCUCCAGAUGCUUUGCCUGAGUUCACGGUACAGAUGGGCAACCUGCGCUUCUCCUUGGGUCAUGUGCAGUACGAUGGCGAGAGCCCCGUGGCUUUUCCUGUGGCAGCCCAAGUGGGCUUGGGAGUGGGCACGUCUCUCCUGGCUCUGGGUGUCAUCAUCAUUGUCCUCAUAUACAGGAGGAAGAGCAAGCAGGCCCUGAGGGACUAUAAGAAAGUGCAGAUCCAGCUGGAGAACCUGGAGAGCAGUGUACGGGACCGCUGUAAGAAGGAGUUUACAGACCUCAUGACGGAGAUGACGGAUCUCACCAGUGACCUCCUUGGCAGCGGUAUCCCCUUCCUUGACUACAAAGUGUAUGCUGAGAGGGUCUUCUUCCCUGGGUACCGGGAGUCCCCCUUGCACAGGGACCUCGGUGUGCCUGACAGCAGGCGACCCACCGUGGAACAGGGCCUGGGGCAGCUCUCCAACCUGCUAAACAGCAAGCUCUUCCUUACCAAGUUCAUCCACACACUGGAGAGUCAGCGCACCUUCUCUGCUCGGGACCGUGCCUACGUGGCAUCUCUGCUCACUGUUGCACUUCACGGGAAGCUUGAAUACUUCACGGACAUACUGCGGACUCUGCUCAGUGACCUGGUAGCUCAGUAUGUUGCCAAGAACCCCAAGCUGAUGCUGCGCAGGACAGAGACCGUGGUAGAAAAGCUGCUCACCAACUGGAUGUCCAUCUGCCUCUACACCUUUGUGAGGGACUCUGUGGGAGAGCCUCUGUAUAUGCUCUUCAGAGGGAUUAAGCAUCAAGUGGACAAGGGUCCCGUGGACAGUGUGACUGGCAAAGCCAAAUACACUCUGAAUGACAACCGCCUGCUCAGAGAGGAUGUGGAGUACCGUCCCUUGACCUUGAAUGCUCUUCUGGCUGUGGGGCCUGGGGCAGGAGAAGCCCAGUGUGUACCUGUGAAAGUCCUGGACUGUGACACCAUCUCCCAGGCCAAGGAGAAGAUGCUAGACCAGCUUUACAAGGGAGUGCCUCUUGCCCAGCGGCCCGACUCUUGCACCUUGGAUGUUGAAUGGCGGUCUGGAGUGGCUGGGCACCUUAUCCUUUCUGAUGAGGACGUCACUUCCGAACUCCAGGGUCUGUGGAGGCGUCUGAAUACACUGCAACAUUACAAGGUCCCAGAUGGAGCAACGGUGGCCCUUGUCCCCUGCCUCACCAAGCAUAUUCUUAGGGAAAACCAGGAUUAUGUCCCUGGGGAACGGACCCCAAUGCUGGAGGAUGUAGAUGAGGGGGGCAUCCGGCCCUGGCACCUGGUAAAGCCGAGUGAUGAACCAGAGCCUCCCAGGCCGAGGAGGGGCAGCCUUCGGGGUGGGGAGCGUGAGCGAGCCAAGGCUAUCCCUGAGAUCUACCUGACACGCCUGCUAUCCAUGAAGGGCACACUGCAGAAGUUUGUGGAUGACCUGUUCCAGGUGAUUCUCAGCACCAGCCGCCCUGUGCCUCUGGCUGUGAAGUACUUCUUUGACUUGCUGGAUGAACAAGCUCAGCAGCAUGGCAUCUCUGAUCAGGAUACUAUCCACAUCUGGAAGACCAACAGCCUGCCGCUAAGGUUCUGGAUCAACAUCAUCAAGAACCCACAGUUUGUGUUCGAUGUGCAGACUUCGGAUAACAUGGAUGCUGUGCUCCUGGUCAUUGCACAGACCUUCAUGGAUGCUUGCACCCUGGCCGACCACAAGCUGGGCCGGGAUUCUCCCAUCAACAAACUUCUGUAUGCUCGAGAUAUUCCCCGUUACAAACAGAUGGUGGAAAGGUACUAUGCAGACAUCAGACAGACUGUCCCGGCCAGUGACCAAGAGAUGAACUCAGUCUUGGCGGAGCUGUCCCGGAACUGCUCUGCCGACCUUGGGGCGCGAGUGGCUCUGCAUGAACUCUACAAGUAUAUCAACAAGUACUAUGACCAGAUCAUCACUGCCCUGGAGGAGGAUGGCACUGCCCAGAAGAUGCAGCUGGGCUACCGGCUCCAGCAGAUCGCCGCUGCUGUGGAAAACAAGGUCACGGAUCUAUAAGGACCAGGGAGUCUUUGCCUGCUGUUGUCUCUGUACCUCCUGGGCAGCCCUGGAAUCUCAAGGGAGAGGCCACCACCUUCGUAGAUGCCUGUAGUGACUGACAAGCAGAGUUUAAUGAAAGGUGGCUCCCAGUCUCUUGGUGGCACCAGCUCAUAGCCUCAGCCCCAUUGGACCUGCCUUGUAGGCCUGGGACCUAGUGGUUCAGUGGGUAGUGCUAGGCCUGCCCCAAGCCUGGUGACUCUCUGACCUACUUCCUGGGUGACGCCAGCCUGCAGGGAGCUGGGGACUUAAGGUUUCCAGAGAAUGUCUGGUAGGCCCUCCAGGCCCCUGGGGAGACUGUACUGUUCUUGAGCACUGACCUAUGUCCCAUUGGGAAUCACAGAGGAAGGAAGAGAACCCGCCCGCCCACUUCCUGUCUUCUUCAUCCAUCCUCCUUGACCUCAAGUUUCGCUUCCUUUGUCCUUGUUCCCUGUUGCCAAUUCCCAGGAGAGAGAGAGGGGGGGGGGAGAGAGAGAGAGAGAGAGAGAGAGAAAGAGAUGCAUUUCUAGGCUGCUGCUGCCUCAGCAGGGUUGGUGCCUCAGGACCACCCUGUCUUCCAGGUGGCUGGUGGGGAGGGACAGCUGCUUCAGGGGAGCCUUGGGGAGAGCAGUGACCCAUUGAUGCUAUAGCUCUUCAUUAAAGGAUAACACAUGGUAUGGACUCACCAGCCCCUCUGCUAAGAUAGAACUGGCAGCUGCUGGGAGAUGUGGGCAUCGUGCUCUGAAGGGUCCCCUGACACCCACGGAAGGCCACCAUGAGGUUGGCAAGCUCUCUCCGGCUCCUAGGUAGGGUCUGCCAGAGGCAACACUCCCCAGAAAGGAGAACUUAAAGCACAAUAAGGCUCAGGGAGAGUUGGGGCCUGAGAUGUGGGGUUCUGUCCCCCAUCUUUAAGGGGUCCACCUUGAUUGCAGGUCGUGGUAACUUUGCCAUUCAUGUUCCAUGAAUUUUUAAAAGAAUUGGGGAAGUAUGGCGUUAUUAAAGGCGAUUCCAGGCAGUGUGGGUCUCAGGUCCAUGACCCUGUUUCUGGAUUCCAGUUUCCACAUUGCUGUCCAUGUUAAGGUACCUGAGGCAGGAGCUCAGAGCUACUCACCUGCCUGUGUAGUAGCUACCUUGUGGUAUUUUCCUGUUAGAAGCUACAAGUGAGCUUCAAGACCAUGGUACUGUGGUGCACUUGGCAGCUGGCGGUUGAGAAUGCCAUUGGCUUCACCAGGCAAGGGUCGUGGCAUCCUCAGAGAGCUCCACCUUGGCUCAUGUGUAUAGCCAGUGAUCUGGCCAACCUCAAGCUCUUCCCCAAGUGUUUGAAGACAUGGGCUGAUACAAUUCCAAGAGUCCCUUCUUGCUGUCUUUUAGAAUCUUUGUCUUCAAGAUCGCAGGAGCCAUUUUGGUUUUCAUGCCAGGGGUAAUCACAGUGACUAUUUCUGUCAGAUCCCAUCUUCCCCAUGCCUGCCAGAUGUGGGGAACCACAGUCACAGACGGCCAGCAGUCAGGCCCUCUUUUGGGAGCAUGUGAACUUUAGUACUAAUGAUAGUUGUCUUAGUUCAGAUUUUAUCCUCACGCAGAAUGGUUUUGCCUCCCCCAGUGGCUACUCCGACCAACUAUGUUGUUGACAGUCUCAGAGAACAGGGCUGACAGGGGGAAUGAGGUCUUGGCUAGACUUCAGACAGAUACAGGAAGGGAGGCACCUUUUAAGUCAACAUGGCAGGGAUGGUGACAGAGACACACCUCUGCUCCAGGCUUGAGCUUCUGCAGUCUUUGGGAGUCCUCUGAGGCGGUAAGGGUUCCUGCAGAGGAAGGCCGUGUACCUGCGUGCUUGGGCGUGUGCUCAUGGGAUGGGCGAGUAUGGAACGUGCUCUGAGUCACUCCUGUCUCACCCUCACAGAACACUGUGAUAGAAGAUGUCAUGAAAAUAAAAAUGUUACCACUUCA